AUGGCAGACAAGCUUGGCGCAUUGAAGCCUCAGAGGAAGAUUGAGCUGUACUCGGGCAACUACUUCGCAGCAUGUACGCUCGGAGGCAUCAUUGCCUGCGGGCCGACGCACACCAUGGUCACUCCCCUUGACUUGGUAAAAUGCCGUCGUCAAGUCGACGCCAACCUCUACAAAUCCAACUCUCAGGCCUGGAAGAUGAUUUACGCCAAAGAAGGUCUGCGCGGCGUUUUCUUCGGCUGGGCACCUACUUUCGUCGGAUACUCGUGUCAAGGCGCUGGCAAAUACGGUUUCUACGAGGUCUUCAAAUACCUUUAUGGAGAAAAACUUGCGCCCGGUGCACCCAAGCAAGUCGUUUUCCUCGCUGCCUCCGCUUCCGCAGAGUUUCUCGCCGACAUUGCGCUGUGCCCCCUUGAGGCGAUCAAGGUCCGCAUGCAGACCACGAUGCCGCCUUACGCGAACACGUUGAGAGAGGGGUGGAGCAAGGUGAUCAGAGAAGAGGGUGUCGGCGGACUCUACAAGGGUCUGUACCCGCUCUGGGCACGUCAAAUCCCAUACACCAUGGUCAAGUUUGCUACAUUCGAGGAGACCGUUUCUCGCAUCUAUCAGUUCAUUGGCAAGCCAAAGGAAUCGCUUAGUGGACUCCAGCAGACCGGAGUUUCAUUCCUGGGUGGCUACAUCGCUGGUAUUGGCUGUGCGGUUGUGUCGCAUCCUGCCGAUGUCAUGGUCUCGAAACUCAACAGCGACCGCAAGGCUGGAGAGGGUGCCGGACAAGCUAUCUCCAGGAUCUACGGUAACAUCGGCUUCCGCGGCCUCUGGAACGGACUGUCUACACGCAUCUUCAUGAUUGGUACUUUGACGGCGUUCCAGUGGUUGAUCUACGAUUCUUUCAAGGUCGGCCUUGGACUGCCAACUACUGGUGGUCACUAG